AAAGACACCCUCGAAUAAAGAUCAUUAACCAUAAAAAAGUUAAAAUCAAUAAUUUAAUUUAUAGAGAAAACCGAUAUUUUUGACGUAAAAAAAAAGCGAACAAGUUAUUGGCGGUAUUUUGUUUUGUUUUCUACACGCGAAGGUGCUACACACAGCUACUUGAAGGCGAUUACGUUGUAGUCUUGUUGGUGUUUUGAGUUCCGUUGAGUAUUGACAACGAGAAGCCUCCAUAACUUGCCACCGUCUGAGUUUGUGAUAUUCAAGAAAGCCGCAAAGCCGAUAGCCUUGUGAAGAAGUUGACAGUUCUGUUUAGUUCUCUGCAGUGCAGGCCUAAGCCUUUCAAUGGAAGCACAACAAGAUCAGAAUCUGAAUCUUGAGGCGUGCUUGAAACUACUGAAAGGGGAGCGAGAUGAACAGCGUCUCGCUGGGCUUCUUCUGGUCACCAAGUUCUGCAUACCUGACGAUCACUCUUCACUCCGCAGGGUUUACGACGCUGUUGGUUCUCGCUUCCUUGAUCGGCUGCUCAGAACAGGUAUGGGAAACGGAACCAUAUCCAGUGAUGGGGACAACAACCGGGAUGCAUAUUUGAGCCUGUCAGUUACAGUUCUUGCUGCCCUUUGUCGUGUUCCAGAGAUUGCAUCCUCAGAAGACAUGAAUUCCAAAAUCCCACUAAUAUUGGAAGUAAUGUCCACCCAAUCUGGCUCACCUCUUUUUGAAGAAUGUUGCGAGUUUUUAUACUUGGUAUCAACUGCUUCAGAAAAUGGAAUAACGAGAUUUUAUGAUUCUGGAGGCAUCAAGAUACUAGCUUCUCAGUUGCCUUCUCUACAAGAUGGUUCGCAUCUGGUGGAAAUAUCUAUUAAACUUUUGCAAUUGGUCCUGAGCAGGAUAUCAUUAGACACAAUCCAGAAUGAUUACUCAUCUGAGCUCUCAGUUAUUGUAGCUGCAUUAGCAAGGCUGUUCGCUAUCUUGCAUAAUUCCUGGAAAUUCGAAGCUCUCCACCUCCUUAAUUCCAUUCUUUCUUCAACAGAUUUGUCACAACUUCUUAAAGCCCUCCAAUUACGGCCUCAAGAUAGCUGGUCACACAAUAUCCGUGUUGGUAUCAUGGCCAUUUUGCAGAAUCGUGUUGCUCCUUCUGAAAGGCUUCAGGCUCUCGUUUUAGCUGAGUCUAUGGUUUCCAUAUUUGGAGAAGUUUGGUUGAUUAGCCAAGUAAGCAGUAAUGACACACAAGAUCCAACUCCAGCUGACAUGUGUCUGUUGCUUGUCUUGGAGCAAUCGAGGGUUGAAAUUGCUGUUCUUCUGAAUGAGUUGGCCUAUUUAAAAUACGAAGCGCCUCAAGAUACUCCAGCCACUGUUGAUGCAUAUUCUCUUAAGCAACGAAACGUGGCUGUUGCCUUCUCUUUGGUUGAGAAGAUAAUAAAACUCAUUUCAAAUGUUGGCGAAAAUGAUGAUAACCUCCUCGAUGAAGGCACAUUGACAAAGCUGAUUCUACAACUUAAUGAGACAAUUGCUGUUGUCCUAGAGUAUUUAGAAGAUGCAAAGGAACAUAGCCAAAGGAAAGGGGAUGAUUUACUUGCUUCAGUGCGAAUUAUUGGGAGCUAUCUUGCAGAAGCACCGGUUGCAUGCAAGGAAAAGGUUCAAGAUCUUUUAGGGUAUAUGCUUUCUAUUGAAGGUGCAGAUGAGCAAAGGCCCUUCAACUCUGUCUGCUUUCUGCUACCUUUGUUGUGUCAAAUUACUAUGGAAGUGGAAGGGUGCAAAGCUCUGGUUUCGUGUGGUGGACUCAAGGCUGUUUUAGAUUGCCUCUGUAAAUUAAUUGGCUCAAAUGGUUUUAUGGUUGAGGAUAAUGUUGUAUUCCUGGCAUGUGAUACAAUAUUGAAUCUUCUACUGAAGAAAGACGAAGUGCAGUUGAAGUUAGAUGAAUCAGCUUUUGUUGAUCUUCUUAAAGCAUCGGCUUAUUGGUCAGAAAAUACUAAGGACAUGCAAAGUAUCAUGAUGGCGUCAAGCAUUUGUGCACUGAUAUUUGAUUAUACAUCGGAAGAGGCUCUUUUAAACCAUCCUGAUUUCAACCAUGGCACUCUUAGCAGUCUUUAUCAGCUGAUUGCAAGAUGUCUUGCUUCAUCAGAACAGGAUGAUAAAACGGAUAUGGAUCUACAUGAGAUUAUCUAUGCUGGUUUCUCUCGAUGGGCUCAUAGGUACCCCCACAUCAGAAAGGCAAUCAAAAUAUGAUUUUGAUUUUCUUAAUCUGUAUUAGUUGUAUCUGGAUACUUUAACUUUCAAGGUAUCAUUUAUAAUUUCUUUACGUGAUAUUGGUUUGUAAAGAGCUUACUUUAAUUUGUUGUUAGUGUAAAUAUCUCUUAUAAUUGGAAAAAAACUAAUGAGCCUUCUAAGGACAUUGUUUAAAAAGUCUAAAGAAGUAAGUUUUUAUGAGAAGCGUUGGGUAUGGCUCAUAGGUACUUACAAGUGGGCAGUGUCCGACGAACGGAACGAGUGAUAACAAAAUGGAAUUUUAAAUGCAAGUGGAAACCUUAACCUUUCACCAGUAAUAAAGUGGAACUGCAGCUGUUAUAAGUUGGAGACAUAAGCACAAUUGACCGACCUUCGUUAAUAUCAUGUAUGUAUUGUAGCGUUUAUUAUUUUGUUAAUUUUUUGUACUGAAUUGUUCCGACAAAGAAAGAAAUGUCUUUAAUUAUAACACUAGUUAAGAUUACCCUUAUAUGCCUUUGACGCACUCGUUCCACA